AUGCUAACUCAAGUUGGCCUAUGUAUUAUGUUAAUGAUGAUGCUUUUUCUUAGAAUAUGCACUGCAAUGCCUGCUUCAUCAUCAAAUAUAGGAACACAGAACAAGGAACUAUCUGACGCAUUCAUGCUUGAACAAUACGGUGUUGAUUCGAAUAAUUUUUUGACUGAUCGCCAGUACGAAGACGAUCACAUCAACGAAGAUGAUAUCUUUCCUGAAAAAAGACAAUUAAACAAAAAAUGGGCAAAAUUUUAUCAAGGACCUCAAUCACCUUAUACCAUUGCUUUUCCUGCUCUUAUUCGUACUCGAAGAUGGAUCGAACAACGAAAUUGA